UUUACAAAACUAAAGUCCCAUUUUGCACAUUCACACACGUUGUCUCCUCCUCUUCUUCUUUUUUUUUUUUUUUUAAACCCAAACCCUUCCUUCAAAAAACCCUUUAAAUAGCUACCAUAUACAACAAAGAAGAGAAAAAGGAAGACCAGAAAAUAUGAGCAAUUACUGUGGCAAUAACAAUAUUGUAGAGAAUGCUAUCAAGAGUCUAGGCAAAGGCUUUGAUUUAACAUGUGAUUUUAGACUAAAGUAUUGUAAAGGAGAUGAAAGGCUUGUAUUGCUCAAUGAAAAUAUUACAAAGGAGAUGAUGGUACCUGGUUUUGGAGCUUUUGAAAAUGUCCCUGUUGAUAUUAAAUGUGAUAAAGGUGAUCGAGUUCGAUAUCAAUCUGAUAUUCUUGAUUUUAAUCAGAUGUCUGAAUAUAUAAACAGGAGAAGUUCAGUGCCUGGGAAAAUACCAUCAGGGAUGUUUAAUUCAAUGUUUGGAUUUGCCAGUGGUUCAUGGGCAACUGAUGCAGCAAAUACAAAGUACUUAGGCCUUGAUGGUUACUUCAUCAUAUUGUUUGAUGUUCAUAUUGAUAGAUAUUCUCUUGUUUUGGAUGAUCAAGUUAUAAAUGAUGUUCCUUCCACUUGGGAUCCUGCAGCUCUUGCAAGGUUUAUUGAGAAAUAUGGUACCCACGUUAUUGUGGGGUUAAGCAUAGGAGGACAAGAUGUGGUCCUACUGAGACAAGACAAAUUUUCAAACAUGGAACCAUCAGAACUCAAGAACCAUUUGGAUGAACUUGGUGAUCAAUUAUUCACUGGGAUUUGUAACUUCUGUCCACACCAAUGCAAAACAAGAGAACAAAAGCAUAAGGCUCUAGAGGCGUACAAUGUUUUUGAUCCACAACCCAACAUCUUCAACAGCUUCACAGCAACAACGAAAAAUGGAGUAACAGUGAUAUGUUCAAAAAGAGGUGGAGAUUUAACAGCUAAUACACAUAGUGAAUGGCUUCUAACAGUGCCUUCAAUGCCAGAUGCUAUUGCCUUCAGCUUCAUCCCUAUUACUUCUCUUCUUAAAGGUGUUCCUGGCAAGGGGUUUUUAUCACAUGCUAUCAACCUUUAUCUAAGAUACAAGCCACCUAUAGCAGAUUUGCAGUAUUUUCUGGAUUUCCAAGUGCACAAAAAUUGGGCCCCUGUUCACAGUGAUCUUCCAUUAGGCCCAACUACCAAUAGGUCCAUUAGACCUCCAGCUCUUCAUUUCAAUUUGAUGGGCCCUAAGCUAUAUGUAAACCCAACUCAGGUAAUUGUUGGAAAGACACCAGUAACUGGAAUGCGACUUUACCUUGAAGGAGUGAAAUGUGACAGGCUGGCCAUACAUCUACUACACAUACUAAAUACUCCAGUACUCCUUCAAGACAAAAUAGACGACCCGCUAACAUGGCGUGGAUCCGAAGAUACACCCGAUGAUCGAUAUUUUGAAGCCAUCCAAUGGAAAAAAUUCUCCCAUGUAUGCACGGCCCCCGUAAAAUACGACCCGAAUUGGGCACCUUACGAGAAUGACUUUAGUUUCAUCGUCACGGGCGCUCAACUUCACGUUAAAAAACACGAGACGAAAAACGUCUUACAUCUCAGAUUGUUAUAUUCCAAAGUUUCAAACUCUUGCAUCGUGCAGUCUCAAUGGAUGCAAUCUGCCUCCGAGAAUAGUACAAAAUCGUCAUCCAGUUUUUUGUCGGCUCUUAGUGGGGGCUCCUCGAUCCCCGGUUUUUUAUCGGAGAAGGAGAGAACGCCACCCGUGGUGGUGGAUUCGGGCGUGUACCCGACGGGCCCACCAAUACCGGUACAAACACAAAAGUUACUAAAAUUUGUGGAUACGGCCCAAUUGUGUAGGGGACCAUUGGACAGUCCGGGUCAUUGGUUGGUUACCGGGGCAAAAUUGGACUUGGAAAGAGGGAAAAUUUGCUUGCGAGUUAAAUUCUCCUUGUUGAAUAUGGUAUCUUCUUAGCUUUUUGAGAAGUCCCAAUAACGUGGGUUGUAAUUAAAAGUUUUGAUUAAUUGGUGACUUGUGCUAUGUAUAUACUAAGUUAAGUUAUUUGGGUAAAAUAUAUUCAUUUAUUUA